AUGACUGAGUUGCAGAGGUCUGUAACAUCAUUCAGAAGACAAGGAUCUUCAGGGUUGGUGUGGGAUGACAAGUUCAUCACAGGCCUUGAGAACCAGAAUCAGAACCAAGAAGCCAAGGAUAAUAAUAAUCAGACUCGAGGUCAAAGGGAGAUGCAGGGUGUUGGAUCAAGUGCCACGUUGACGCGGAGCAGAUCAGAUGGAGCACGACCUUAUCGGACGGUCAACGUUGCAGCACCAUCCAUCGACCCACCUUCUCCCAAGCUUGCAACCUGUGGCUUUUGUUCUCUCUUUCGGAAACCAGUUCCAGCCAAAUCCACCAAAUCUAAAAGACGUAGGUGA